AUGACCUUCGGAAAAAUCUCAUCCCCUUCCAGUUCCGUGUUUGGUUCUCCGUCGUCCUUUACGUUCCCCGACGCUAUUUUCACAGUCCAGACCCCACUUCACAUUGUCGGCGCCAUGUUGUACGAACUGAUUGCUGUUGUCCGUCCCGGUAGCCUCCAGGAGGUUAGAGACAUCGCCCGCAAUGCCGGCAUCCAGGUCCUCCGCUCCGGCGGCGUAGUCCGCGGAUUCACCAACUGGGGCACCUUCCGUCUGCCCAGGCCCACGACGAAGCAUCAGGCCCGCUACAAGGAAGGCCACCACUUCAUCAUGCGCUUCGAUGCCUCGGGUCCCGUGCAAUCGGCUGUCCGCAGAACUCUCGGUCUCGAUCCCCGGAUGGUUCGGUUCUCCGUUGUCAAGCUGGGCGACAAGCUGGAGGAAAUCAAGCACGUCGAUGGCAAGGUCGAGUGGAACAACAACCGCACCAUCUCCGAGACGUUCUAA